UACGGGUUCAGGAAGUCAGUUAGGUUUUUGUUGCCACGAAACUCGUGCACGGGGCUUUAGUAACUUAUUAAACUAAAUUUUGCCUUCAAAUCAAAGCUCUUGUUUUACUUAUUGAAUUCAGAUUUUAGGUAACUGGAUACCAAGAUGCCACCUAAAAAGCGCAACUCUGGGACGGCACAGAGCAAGGAGCUGAAGCCCAGUGCUGAAAGUACAUCUACAGACAAGAAGGAGAGUCCAGAGUUAUCUGUUAAAAAGCACAGAGACAAGGAUGCUGAGUUUGUGACCUUGUGUAAGAAGCUUCAUGUGACAGACCUGGUGUGUGACCGUGCCUGGACGCUGUGGAAAACUGUUCAAGACUCCAUGGAAGAAAUAGUUGACAGCCAGAAAAGGCUGUGGGGAGCUUGUCUGUAUGUGUCAGCGACAGACAUGGAUGUGGCCUGUUUCACCUUAACUCAGGUUUUGAAAGCAGUCAGUCUGAAUGUGAGGCAGUUUUUAGCUCUGGUGAGGAAGCUCGAUGUGAACUUGGAUACUAUAAGCACCAAGGUGAAUUCAGCACUGACACGAUUGGAGAAGAAGUAUGAUGUGACGCUGGCUCUCUACCAGAGGUUUGAGAAAACAUGCAAGAAGAUCUUUGCUUUGGUUUCUGAUGGCAAGGAGAGGGAGACCAUUCGCAGCUGCUGGACAAUGUUUCUUUUGGCCAAGGGAAGGGCCCUACAGAUGGAGGAUGACCUGGUCAUAUCAUUCCAGUUGCUGCUUUGUACGCUGGAGUUAUGCAUCAAGCGCUGCCCUCCAGACCUUCUGCAGCCUCUUUACAAAUCAGCUGUCAGCAAAGUUCAGAGCCCUGCAACACGAACAUCUCGUCGCAACCAGAGCAAAGCCAAAGCCCGACCCCCGGAGCCGGAGGUGGACCUGCAGCUUCUCAAAACCUUGUGCAAUGAGAAUGAAUGCAAUGCAGAAGAGGUGAAGAAUGUAUAUCAGACCAGUUUCUCGGCUUUCCUGGACUCACUGGAUCUUUCAAGAUCUCCAGAUUUUCCUCAGGUACAUGACCUCAACCAACAAUACGAAGAGCACUACCUCAAGAGUAGAGACUUUGAUGGACGGCUGUUUUUUGACGGAGACGAGACCCUUCUCGCACCUCAAGUCGAGAUGUCACAGGUGGAGAGAACACCAAAGAAGAACCUGUCAGAUGAAGAUGCAGUACUCAUCCCUCCCCAGACUCCAAUCAGAGCUGCCAUGACCUCCAUUCAGCAGUUGAGGGGUGAUCUCACCUCCAGUGGGGACCAACCAUCUACUAACCUGGCUACUUAUUUUAAAAACUGCACUGUGGACCCGACGCAGGACGUGCUGAAGCGUUUAGAGACACUCGGACAGACGUUCAGCCAAAGGUUUGGUCAGGCAGUCGGCCCACACUGUGUCGGUCUCGGCAGACAGCGAUUUACCCUCGGUGUCAAACUGUAUUACAAAGUCAUGGAGGCAAUGCUGAAAUCGGAAGAGAAGCGACUGUCUGUCCAAAACUUCAGUAAACUCCUCAAUGACUCCACAUUCCACACAUCACUUUUGGCCUGUGCUUUGGAGGUUGUCAUGGCAACGUAUGGAGAGAGCAGUUUUAAGGCUGGAGGAUACAACCAUGGUGGUGGUGACGCAACCGAAACAAAUGUGUGUUUCCCUUGGAUACUGGACGUGGUCAACCUCGCCGCCUUUGACUUCUACAAAGUAAUCGAGAGCUUCAUCAAGGCCGACCCCACUCUGAGCAAAGAUAUUGUCAAACACCUGGAGACUUGCGAGAACCUCAUCAUGGAGAGGAUUGCAUGGAGGACGGGCUCACCGCUGUUUGAGCUUCUGAAACAGGAGCAUGAGGGUGGAGCAGCAGAGCAGGUGGAGACAGCUAGUUUUAGCCAACCGCUGCAACACAACCACACCGCAGCUGACCUAUAUCUGUCCCCCAUGCGUCCAGGCCAUCGCGUCUUACCUCCUGAGUCCUCGGCCACGGCCACCUCUCAGGCGUCCUCUCAGCCCCCAACCCAACCUACCGGCCAGACUCCGCGACUCCCAAAGUCCAAUUCUCUCAGCCUCUUCUAUAAGAAAUUGUACCGCCUGGCCUACAUGAGGCUGAAGAUGCUGUGCUCCUACCUGCUGUCCUCCCACCCCGAACUGGAGCCCAUCAUAUGGACCCUGUUCCAGCACACUCUGCAGCACGAGCAUGAGCUGAUGAGAGACCGUCACCUCGACCAGCUGAUGAUGUCAGCCAUGUAUGCCAUAUGUAAAGUGAAGAGUGUCGAUCUGCGCUUCAAGACCAUUGUCACAGCUUACAAGAACAUGCCCAACACUAACCAGGAGACCUUUAAGCAUGUGUUGAUCACUGAGGACCACUUUGACUCCAUCAUUGUCUUCUACAACCAAGUGUUCAUGCAGAAGCUGAAAACCAACAUCCUGCAGUAUGCGUCCACCAGGCCGCCCACCCUCUCUCCAAUCCCACAAAUACCACGGAGCCCCUACAAGUUCCCCAAUUCACCUCUGCGUGUGCCUGGGAGCAACAACGUGUACAUCUCCCCUCUGAAAAGCCCACGCAUGUCCCCGGGUAUCAUGACUCCUCGCUCCAGAAUGCUGGUAUCAAUCGGUGAAUCUUUUGGGCCAUCCAACCGGUUCCAGAAGAUCAACCAGAUGGUCAACAGCAGCGACCGCGCCUUUAAGAGGAGUCUGGAUCUGGGCUCCACUCCAAAGCCUCUGAAGAGGUUACGGUUCGAUGUGGACGGACAAGAUGAAGCCGAUGGCAGCAAAUCUGGAGGAGAUUCCACAUUGAUACAGAAGCUUGCAGAGAUGAGCUCCACUCGCAGUCGCAUGCAGGAGCAGAAGAUGAAGGAGGAUGCAGAAUCAAGGAAGGAGUAACUCUAAAACCUACUGAACUGGCCUGCACUGUUUAUCACAAUGUGAACACUACUUUUGGUUCACACACAGAGUGAAACACGAGGUUCUCUGUACAUUAAGUAUUGGAUUUUAGUUUGUAUUUAACUUUGAGGAGUAAUAUGUGAAUAUAGAGGACUUUCUCCUCCUUUUUGUUGAUGCUAUAACUGAGUGUUUUAACUGAAUAAUGAGUGAUGUCAUUGAAUUUCAUUUGGAUUUUGACUUGUUGGAGAUUAAGUAUGUUUGUUUUUUAGAGUGGUAUUAAUUUGUGAGUGUUUAUAAGGAAUCAUUGUUUUCACUCUCAUGAAUGUUCUCAGUUGUUUAGAGUGUUGUUGAGAUCCAUUGCUGGUUUCCAUGUGUUGACCUUUUUCUUUUUGACAGAGUCUUUUCAGAUUUUCUUGUUUCAAUCAUGAUGCAACAUUUCAAGUGUAAAAUCAUGAUUACUCUGCUCAAAAAGGAUUAAAUGUCAGCCUCAGAGAGAAAUCAAUAUGUCUUUCCAUGCAGCGCUUUACUUUUAAAGUGAUACUUUACUUGGAAACUUGCAUGAGGUCUUAGAAAAGUUAAGUUUGUUCCAUGAAGCGAGAACAAAAAACAAUCACCUGAAGGAAAAUCCUACAUGAUUUGCACUCAACCCAAAUCCAUGUAGUUUCAAAGGAUUUGGUCACAGGUAAAGCCUCUCUUUGGUGUAAUAUAUGUAGUUUUAUUUUACCUUUUUGUUUUACUUUUGGCUGGUAAAUAAUAUACAUUGUACUUCAAACGCAAACACCUCAUGUUUUUCAACAAAAGGAAUAUUUUUUCAUGUUCUCACUCACAUUUUUCUACACAUUAAGUGGUUAAUUUUAAUCUUUGAAAAUUGAAGUAGGAGAAUUCUAAGAAAGAAGGGGGGAAAUUACAGCAAUGAAUAAACACCACAUAGAGCAAAUGAAUAUGUGGACUUCACUCCAGAAACGUAUACCAAGGUAAAACAUUGCUAGAUGUGUCAAUUUCAAGAGUUUUUAAAUUAAAAUAUGUUUAUACUGUAUUGACGUAGUUUUUUUUAAAGUGUAGUAAAUAUUCCUUUGAAAAUAUUUUGUUUUUGUACUUCUUUGCAUAGAUGUCACAUCACUUCCUUGCCUUUGCUGCCAACAGUAGGCAUAUGCCAGUAUGUAGUGAUUAACCAGCUGAUGGGCUGAAGAUACUCGUGCUGUCCACUUCUGCUUUUUAUUUAUUUAUUUUUUAGUUAUGUUUUUGCUGUUAGAGACGACUGUUCUGUUUUGUUCCGGUUUUAUACACCAUGUCAUGCUGUCGGGUUUUGUUCACGACGUGUGGAGGGUUUUGGAGAUUACUGUGAUGGCCUCCUUUAGAGGAGAAUACAAUUUGACUGUUGGUUCUGAAAAAGAAACAUGACGAAGCUGAGUUCUUCUGUCUCAAGAAUCACAUUUGCCACCUCUUGGCCCCAUUUCCCCAAAGCAUCUCGAGGCUAAGAUGAUCGUAAAUCCAUUUUAGGAAUGUUUAUUGUGACACUUACUCUCAUCCUUCAAGAUCAUUCAUUGGCUGCUAUUGUGGAUAAAUUACUUGGCACAGAUAAAUUACAACCACAAUGGCUCUGGGUUUUUUGUUAUCGCUGUGUAUUUCAGCAGUGAUAACGAAUCAUUAAAAGCCAGGAUUUGAACAGGAAAGAGAUGGUAAUUGUCAUGUUUUAUUACCUUCUGUAUCUCCAAAAGAAUUGCAGUCACAACAAAGAGCUUUAAGUCUACAAUGGACCAUUUCCUCCCUCUGCUGUUAAGAGUCAGUAGCCACUCAAGCUUCACUUCCACUGACUGAUGAACACACCACUGUACUGGAUUAGUUCUACAGUCAGACAUGAUCAUCUUUGACUGUUGUUCUAUGAUUGCUGCAUGAAAAAUGUA